AUGGGACUUUGGGUGUACUACCUUUUUUUUGUUUUCUAUUCGGUGCGAUCCCUCUGCGUCAAGGAAGUCAGGCGGCCCGUUUUUUCCUUCCUAGGAUUUGGUGGAGCUCAACAGAAAAAAGGCAUGACCAGCGGUAUCUCAGAACGGAGAGUUCAAGUGGUUACCAAUGCAGAUGAUCUAAUAGCGAAGAUAGAUAAAGACCCAAUGAAGAGCCAAUACGUAACAUAUAUUUACCAUAGCUCCAUAUGUUCUUACUGUUCGAAGGUUACGAGUUCUAUAGAGGACAACGAAAAUGUAGAAAUUAUAAAUUUCCAUGAGGGUAAUAAUUUGGAAGAGCUACUGAAGUCGGAUAAACCAAUUGUCGUUUUAAUGAAAAAUAUCAACAAGGGAAGUUCCAUUGAUAGAAGCAGUUUCUUCUCCGAACUGAAAAGAAAAGGAGGUAAAGUACAAGUACCAGCUCUUGGAAUAAGUGAUUAUAUUAUGUACGAGUCGGAUGAAAUUAUUAAAUUUUACAAACAUCUGAUAGAGAAGGUUACAGGUGGUAAUGGUGAUGAUGAUUCUCAUGAAUCACAGGAGGAAUAA